AUGUGCACAAAAGACAACACAAAUUCAAAACAAAAUGGAUCUUCUUCAACUUCAAAGGAAACAGAAGAAUAUCCUAAACCUUCGUCUUCCAAAGAUUAUAAUAAGGAGGCUGGAAAGGCUGCAAAUGGGGAUAGAAUAAGAGACAAAGACGGGUACAGGCAGAGAGCGGCUGCUUUCUGUCUACGAUUAUCUUCAAAUGAUGGCGAUAACCAAAAUAUUAUUAUUGAUGAAUUUGGCAAUAUUCAAAGUGUCAAAGCCCCUUUAGAAGUUCUUUUGGUUAGUGGAAGGAGGGAUGGAAGUGCUGAAAAUUAUUGGGUAUUGCCCGGGGGAGGUGUUGAAUUGAAGGAAAGUACAGAAGAAGCUGUUGUUCGCGAAUUAAGGGAAGAGGCUGGAAUACAGGGUCAAGUGUUAUUCCAAAUUGGAAAAUUUAUUGACGACCAACGUUUUCACCACACAACACUUUAUGCUCUGAGCGUUCUAAAAACUUUUGAUGAAUGGGAAAAUUGUGAAAAUGGAAGGGAACGUCGUUGGAUGAAUUUAGAAGAAGCUAGGCGUUGUGUUAAACCUAAUCAAUUGGCAAUGUUGGAACAAAGCAUUACAGCGUUUGUUUUUUUUUGAAAUUUUUUGGGACUAUAUACUAUUUGUAUUAACUAAGUUUGGACGAUCGGGAUCCCAGGAAAGUCUAGAUAUCCAAAAAUUUCUGUUCUGAUAUCUUAUCGAGGAUAUCGGGACUUCUCAGGAUCCGCCAGCGAAUCAACCGCUUCAAAAGUCGAAAACUUUUAACCCUUAUGACUUUUCGAAAUGGGGGUCAGGGGAAGAAAAGUCAGAAAAUUCCAAUAGGUUUUCGACCACGCUCUACACGAUAGGGUACUUUUUAUUUGAAAAUUUUUGGUCACAAUUUGAAAUGGCCCCUUGUAUUAACGUUUUCGGGUAUUUAGGUAAUAGUGUCGUUCGGCCCUUUUUUAUAUUUAUUCUUGGUUUUGAUGGUUGGGUUUUAUUGGAUCCGAUUUGUCUUUUUUUUUGAAUAAGAAAUCCAUAUAUUCUGAACAAACAUUGUGG